CGCGCCUUGUACGAAAGUGAGAUAAUACUGUGCAAUCGUAAUAAACAAGAAGACAAGUUUACUUUUAGUUUUUCUUAGUUAUGAAGUAAAAACGAAGAAAAAAUGCAUCAAACUGACCAUUAUGAAGCUCUGAGGGAGAGAGGCCAUGACCCAAGUAUGAUAAUUUUCUCUGAACCGGCCAGAAGAGAAAGUAUUAAGGGAGAAACACACUUCUCUAAUUCUCUCAAUGACUAUCCUGUUGAUAAAAUCAAAUCCAGUAGUAGGUACCAGAAGCUGCCACUUAGAAUGCUAAUAUCUCAGACUGCAUAUCGUGAUCCAGAAACAAGAUUUCAUGAAAAAAAACAACUUAAUUUUCCAUCAAAAUCUCAAGAGGAUAUUUUAUCAGUUUCAGCUAAAAUAAUGCAAAGAGAUACUUAUCCAUACUCUCAAUAUUCAAGGCAUACAAAACAUGACGUUGUAUCAUCAUCAAUCAAGAUGUGGUUAAAAAAUCCUCAUACUAGAAAUAGCAGUAAAGCAUUACAAACAAGUGGAUUUAUUGAAGAUUCAGCCAAUUGCUCAGAACUUAAUGGUUUUCCACGAAAUUCUUCAAUUGCAUAUAAUGAGAGCUGUGAGAAGGAAAGUCCCUUUAUUCAGGAAGAAAUUCUUAAGACAGAAGACAUUAAGAAAAAUGAAAUUAAUGGAAUACGGGAAUGUUCGCAUAACCAAUUUGAGUCUGAUGAUAACAAAGAUGUACCUAAUAGAUUAAUAAUACAUACAGAUGAGUUAUUUUCAUUUGGAGAUCAUAAUUCUGAUUAUGAAAAUAAUGAACUAUUUAAUGAUAGAUUUUAUUUGUCAAGGAUGGAAAACUCACAAAUUUCACCAUCAAAAUACUCCAUUGCAUCCAAGACUAAUUCAAUAGAAUUUAUUUGGGACCCCGUGACUUCACAGUCUUUGAAUGAAAUUAAUUUUGAUUUUCAGGAAAAAAAUUUAAAUGUUUCUCCAAAAUCUUCCACUUCUAAUUCAUAUCCAAAUGAAUACUAUGAUGUAUCAGAUCACAUAGAAUUUUUGAAUGCAGAUAAUUCUUUCACUUCAUUUGAAAACAUAAGCACAACAGAAGCAUCUGUCCAUGGAGCUGGAACUAUUUCCACUAGAGGUACAUAGUAUGGAGGAUUGACCUAGAUG